AUGGCAGGAACAACGCUUUCAACACCGGGCUCGCCUACCAGUCAACCUCUCCUACGCAACCACUCCGACUCUGAACUUUUCCUCUCGCCAAAACCUUCAUCGCAUGUAUCCGUAUGUGCGUUGGAAGAUGGCGGCGACUCGGAGUUCAGCUCUGAGGACGACGUGUACAAGCCGCGGCCCGGCUUCUGGAGACGGCUGAGGACGAGCAUGCGGAGACGGAGUUACAGGUCAAAGGGCGACGACUGCUGCAGACGGUUGCCAUUACUAGACGAGAAGCCGCAGUCGAGGAAGUAUCGUUUGAAGAGGAAACAUGCAGCCAGAGCAUGCGUCAUCAUUCCUUUGCUGGUGCUCAUCUUUUUCGGUCUACUUCACAUUUUAAAUGUUGUUCUGGGCUACGUACCGACCUUCCUAGACGGAAAAGCAGACCCGAAUGCAUUCGACUGGAAUAAACAGGAUGAGUCAACUAUCUUGGAUAUCACUCGCGACGUUACCCCCGUUCCGUGCCAUUCCCACAAUGACUACUGGCGCCGAGUCCCAUUAUACGACGCUCUCCGCUGGGGCUGCACAGGCGUAGAAGCAGACGUCUGGCUCUUUGACAACGAGCUCUACGUCGGUCACAGCACAAACGCCCUCACGCAAAAUAACACCUUCCGCUCCUUGUACGUCGACCCGCUCGUCAGGAUGCUCGACCACAAGAACGAAAUCGGCCAAUUCGCAACCUCGUACGACGUGAAAAACGGCGUCUUCGACACCGAGCCAGCACGCACCCUUGUCCUACUGGUCGACUUCAAAAACAACGGUCAUGAGAUCUUCCCAGUCGUAUCCCAGCACCUCUCCGCUCUCCGCGAAAAAGGCUAUCUAACAUACUACGACGGCAACUACACCAUCGAACGCCCAAUCACUGUCGUAGCAACCGGAAACGCCCCCUUCGACCUCAUCACCGCAAACAAAUCUUACCGCGAUAUCUUCUUCGAUGCGCCUCUGGAUAAACUCGUUUCCAGCCCCCCAUCCAUUCAACCCCACCCGGACAACGUCGUCGACCUAGCUAAACGCACCCCUGCACUAAGCUUCGGUGGUGGUCAAGGCACUGUAGGCACGACCCCAUCCAGCGUCUUCGACGCCACAAACUCCUACUACGCCUCCGUCAAUUUUGGCCGGUCAAUCGGCUGGCUCUGGUUCGGCCACAUAUCCGAGACCCAACUUCUGAAAAUCCGCUCGCAGAUCCGUGAGGCGCGGAAACGCGGACUCCAGGCUAGAUAUUGGAGUGCGCCAAAGUGGCCUGUCGGGCUGCGCAAUAAGGUGUGGAGGGUUUUGGUCGAAGAAGGCGUGGGAUACCUGAAUGGGGAUGAUUUGAGGGGGAUGACAAGUUUGGAUUGGGGGGUUCGGAGACAUUGGGGCGUUUUGGGCGGGUGA